AGGCAACAUUAUGGUAAAUAAAGGAAUUGUAUAAAAUCGUGCUGGCAACACUGCCCGCCGAUUGUAAUUUGUAAUCGCCCCUCUUGCCUUCCGACCACCGGCCUAUGUACACAUGUUCAAUUUAUAUUUCUCAUAAUUAAAGUGAUUUUUCCAUAUACAUCGGAGUCAACUUAUUAUUCAACCUAUGGUAAUACAGUCCUGCUUCGCACAUGGUCCUUCGGCCCUCCGAUUGAAGACAGCAAGAGGUAAAAUACGCUUUCAUUAUUGAGAAUCAAACAUUUUGCAAAAAGACAAAGGUCCGCAACGCGACGUUGCCGCUCUGAUUGACUUACGCAAUAUUCAUCUAUAAUCUACCGUGAGCCAACGCGUGAGAGCGCAAAGCAGAUACGUCGCCAGUGGGAGUGAGGGAGAAAGCAGCAUCGCGCCAGCGCUACGACCACGAGGUAAAAACGUGGCGAACGCAACAUUAUCGAGACGAGGGACGGCGCCCCGCGCCAUUUUGUCAGCGUCGUCUGCGCAGUGUAUCAAGUCUCUUUAUUGCAUUAAAACUAAAAGUAAAAUCAGUGUUAAUGCUAAAGUGAAUAGCAAUUUCUGUUCAAAAAAAAAGUUAUAUCAUAAAUCAGUGCCGUUAUUCGAGCAAUAGUAACCAUAAAUCAGUGUAUUUCGGAAAUACCUAUUAGUAUAUACGUCGUAAAUCAUAAUGGAGGACGAAUUAUCAAGGAAGAAUGUAGCACGCGGUUACGCAAAGCGCACAAUCACGCGGCUUUAUCAGUAUUUAGAAGCAGAAGAGGCAAAUCUACUAAAGAACCACGUGGAGGAACUCAUGGUUCGGCGCGACCGACUGGAAAAAACUUUUAAUGAAUACGAAGACUUGUGCAAAGACAUUUUACAUUUGAAUCCCAAAGAUGAGGAGUGCGUGGACGUCGUCGAAGAAAAGUUUUACAAAAUGGUAACGAUGUUAAACAAGGCGAUUGCGCAACGUGGGUUUGCACCCGCGUCUUCAACCAAUUCAGUUGCUCAACCGAGUGUAGCGGCAAAAACUCACUUACCUCCCGUGGACAUCCAACAGUUUAACGAUAGCUUUACAACGAGAGCCUACCAAAUGGAUAGAAGCUCUGAUAACAAGCCGAGCCUGGAAGAGUUUCUCCAGUACCUUGAGAAACGGGCCUUGGCUUUAGAAAAUGCUGAGCAAGGUCACACUGCGGGUAACUCACGGGUAGCAGCUCUCGCCACGCAGGGAUCAUCAUGCAGUUACUGUAAGUCCAAAGAACAUAAACUUUUUAAAUGUAAAAAAUUCUAUUUAUUGACAGCACAGGAAAGAAUAUUAUUCAUAGAAAAGAAUAAACUUUGUAUUACAUGUUUAGGUACACAUAAGGGCAAAUGUAGGUUUCACUUCCGAUGUUCAGACUGCAAGGGCUGUCACAACAGCUUAGUCUGCAAUUCUCCCGCCCUGGCACCUCCUGUUACUUUGACAGGCAACAUUGAUAAUAAUGUACUCCUGCCCACAGCAAGAGUAAAGGUGUUCAGCAAGAAUGGCCGAGAGUACCGCAUCAAGGCUUUACUAGAUAGCGGUUCACAGGUAUCGUUAGUGACCUCAAAGGUCAUAAAAAUAUUAGGUUUGACUCCCACACCCAAUAACACAAAUAUUAUUGGCAUAUCUAACACUAAAAAUAAUACAAAGUACUGCAUCCCAUUAGAGGUGCAUUCUAUGCACAUUCCGUUCAAAAAAAUCAUCAACUGUCAUGUAGUAGAAAAUAUAACUUGUAAACUUCCCCAGAGUAACAUUGAUAUUUCCAAAAUUCACAUACCAAAUAAUAUAACUUUAGCCGAUGAACAGUUCAAUGUACCAAGUGAAAUACAUAUACUCAUUGGUGCGGAUGUGUUUUUCCAGACCCUGUUGCCAAGCAAUCAGAGCGUGGUGGUGGUGCCAAUGAACCUCAGCUCACCAGCUGCAAGUGAUCCUCACGGGUCACAACAGGUUCUCCCUACUGCUUCGUGUCACACUACAUCACAAGGGUCUCCAGGGUUUGAAUUACACAUAUUUCCAACACUAUUUGGUCACAUAAUAGGAGGAGGUUUGCCAGUCGAUUUAUCCAAACCAUCUUGUCACAAAGUAGCAUUAAAAUGUGAGCUAGAUAUACAAAAAACAAUUUCUCAGUUUUGGUCUUAUGAAAAGGUCCCAGAAUUAUUCCAUGAAAAAACUUCUGAACAGGAGCUGUGUGAACAAAUAUUUCAAAGCUCUGUCAAAUUAGAAAAUAAUCACUUUCAAGUUGCCUUACCAUUGAAAUUACCUUUAGAAGAUAUUAAUGGCAUAUUAGGCGAAUCCUUUCACCUUGCUUUAAAGAGAUUUUUAAAUUUAGAAAAGAAAUUGCAUUCAAAUCCAAAUCUAUUCAUGCAAUAUCAAAGAUUUAUCCAUGAAUACUUAUCACUUAACCAUGGUCAUUAUAUGGACAUUGAACUGUAUGACAUAAACAAACAAGCAACUUACUAUUUACCCCAUCAUGCAGUAAUAAAUGAAAAUUCAAGUACAACCCGACUUCGGUGUGUAUUUGAUGCUUCAAUGAAAACUGACAAGAAGGUCAGCUUAAACAGUUUACAACUCAAUGGACCGGUAGUGCAAAAAGAUCUUUUUGAUAUACUCAUGCUAUUCAGAUUUGGCAAAUAUACAUUCACAACGGACAUCAAACAUAUGUUCCGCAAUAUAAAAAUUGAUCCCAAAUUCACUUCUCUACAAAACAUACUUUGGAGAGACAAUCCAAGUGAAUCAAUUAAAUGUAUUAGAUUAGACACAGUAACAUACGGUUUAAAAAGCUCUAGUUACUUGGCAACACGUUGUUUAAAGGAGCUAGCAAUUAGGUACGAAAAUUUGUAUCCUCUAGCUUCCAACAUAAUUAAUAAUCAUACAUAUGUUGACGAUAUUCUUUACACAGAUCAUGAUUUCAACUCAGUUAUAACUGCAAGGAAUCAACUACGCGAAAUACUCAGUCUAGGUGGAUUUCAUACACACAAGUGGGCCUCAAAUAAUAAAAGCAUACUGUCAGAUAUACCACAGACCGAGCAACAACAUUUUUGUAGUUUAGAUUUGCAAAAAGACAAUUUCGACAUGAAAGCUUUAGGGCUGCGCAUUAAUGUUAUAGAUGAUAACUUUAUAAUAUCAUCCCCUGAACCGUUUAACCCUAAAGAAAUAACAAAAAGAAGAAUAUUAAAUUACAUAGGUAGGUUCUACGACCCUAUGGGGUUUGCAAGUCCUAUUAUAGUAACAGCAAAGGUCAUCAUGCAAAAAUUAUGGCUACAAAAUAUUGAUUGGAAUUCCACUCCCCCUCUUAACAUUCAAGAAGAGUGGCUACAGUUUACAGCUGAUCUAUUAGCAAUGGAGCCAAUUAAACUAAGUAGAAAUAUAGAUAUUUCAGAAAAUGACACCGCAGAGCUGGUGGGAUUUGCUGAUGCUUCGAGUUCCACGGCCUACGGUUGCUGUGUAUACCUGCGAGUCAACAAAUUAGGUAACUCAAAUGCUUACUUGCUCUGUUCGAAAUCUAGAAUAAAUCCUAUUCAAAAGAAGGGCAUGACAGUGCCAAGGCUUGAAUUGAAUGCUGCACUCUUGUUAUCUAAGUUAAUGGCAAAAACAUAUGAUUCACUUAAGCUUAAAGUUAAAAUAAAGGAUGUAUAUCUAUUCAGUGAUUCAAAGAUUGUUCUUGCAUGGAUUGACACUGAAUUGAUGCAGCUUCAAGCUUAUAUAGCGAACAGAGUGAGUGUCAUUCGUCAGGCUACAGGUGCAUGGUCAUGGCUUUAUGUCAACACCAAAGAAAAUCCUGCCGACCUCAUCAGCAGAGGACUAAAGCCAGGCGAGCUGAACCGGUGCCAGUUAUGGUGGAACGGGCCACAGUUUCUACGUAACAGUGAGUACAAUUUUGAUUGCUGUAAACCAGAGCUCCCCAGCACUCUACCCGAGGUGAGGCCUUGCUUAGUGCUUUCUGAUGACCAAUCAUCAAAUUCUAUUGAAUAUAUUUUCAAACAAUUAUAUAAUUAUUCUAAUAUUACAAAAAUCAUUAGGCUCAUGGCUUAUAUGUUAAGAUUUUUGAAUAAUGUAAAUAAACAUAAAAAUAAAAUAAAUAGUAAAUAUUUAACAAGCUCAGAGCUUGAAAAUGCCUUAAUGGUUAUAGUUAAACAUGAACAAGGUGUCCAUUUCAAAUCUGAAAUUAAUGCACUUUGCAAAGGCAAUAAUUUAAAAGGAACUCUUGUGAACCUACAUCCUUUCAUUGAUAAGCUAGGUCUUUUACGUGUAGGUGGGAGGCUCCACCAUGCUGCCAUACCACUGUCGCAAAAACAUCCUGUUAUCCUACCAAAGGACUCUUUAAUUACUAGCUUGAUUAUUAAAAGCGAACAUGAAAGAUUACUGCAUGCAGGACCUAAGCUUCUGCUUUCAAGUUUAAACCAAAAAUUUUGGAUUGUAAAUGGCUUAUUACAUAUUAAGAAAAUAACCCACAAAUGUAUUAUAUGUUUUAGAAAUAAGGCGACAGCUGCUCAACAGCUAAUGGGCUCACUGCCAGCCAGCCGUGUCACAGCCACGAGCCGACCGUUCCAGGUUAUCGGCUUGGAUUUUGCUGGGCCUGUAGACGUCAAGCUAUCGCGAAUUAGACGCUCUGUAGUCGGAAAAGGUUAUAUAUGCGUUUUUGUAUGCUUUACAACGAAGGCAGUUCACUUAGAACUGGCUUCGGACUUAACCACAGAAACAUUUCUAGGCUGUCUCAAAAGGCAAAUAAGCAGACGUGGAAAGCCCAGCCAGGUCCACUGUGAUAAUUUUAGCUCAUUCAAAUCGGCUAGCAACCAAUUAAAUGAAUUGUAUAAGCUGCAUGCAUCUCAGUAUCACCAGGCAAACGUACAAAAAUUUGCUGCAGAACAAGGUAUAAAUUUCCAUUUCAUUCCGUGCUAUUCUCCUACGUUUGGUGGUCUCUGGGAGGCAGCAGUUAAAAGUACAAAAUACCAUUUAAGGCGAGUUGUACAAAAUAGUUUAUUAACAUAUGAACAGCUUAACACAGUUCUUUGUGAGAUUGAAGCUGUACUUAAUUCAAGACCAUUGUUAUCACUCUCAUCUGAUCCAGAUGACUUUUGUUAUUUAACACCUGGUCACUUUAUUAUUGGUAGUGCGUUAACUAUGUAUCCAGAAAACAAUUUAAUUAAUGUACCUAAAAAUAAACUUAAGUUUUGGCAGCUAUGUACUAAUUUAAAACAACAAUUUUGGAAGGUUUGGCAUAAAUAUUAUUUAAAUAUUCUCCAGAAUAGGCCAAAAUGGCGCCAAGACCAGAAUAAUGUUAAAGUAGGAAGUUUAGUUAUUCUAAAGGAUGAUAACUUAUAUCCUAUGUACUGGCCCAUGGCACGAAUUGUAAGAUUAUGUCCUGGUCACGAUGGAAAGGUCAGGGCCGUCGAGGUCAUUACCCCAAAUAAAAAAACACACGUUCGGGCCAUUAACAAAAUAUGUGUAUUGCCAAUAGAUUCCAAUUAGUAUUUAAUUAUUAUAAGAAUGUUUAUUAAGAAAAUUUUAAAUUUAACAUUGUAAGCAACAAUUAAACUUAACUUGUAAAAUGUUUAAAUUUCCAGUUUACAUAUUAUUUAACAAUUGUAUAGUUCAUAACAUCAUGAGGCCGCAGCAUGUUGCAGGCAACAUUAUGGUAAAUAAAGGAAUUGUAUAAAAUCGUGCUGGCAACACUGCCCGCCGAUUGUAAUUUGUAAUCGCCCCUCUUGCCUUCCGACCACCGGCCUAUGUACACAUGUUCAAUUUAUAUUUCUCAUAAUUAAAGUGAUUUUUCCAUAUA